AUGUCUGUCAAUGGUGCAACGCCCAAAGGGAAAUACCCUGCCAAAGCACACUGUCGGCGCGUGGCUCAAUACCUCAUCGACGCAGGGUUCUCGCGGCAUGGAGUCCUGUACCUCGAGGCUCAAAAGACCCGCAUGGUGGAAGACGACGACCAAGCCAUGCACUUCCGUCAGCGGCGAUAUUUCUUCUACCUCUCCGGUUGCAAACUGCCUGACGCCUACCUCACAUACAACAUCCCGCAAGACAUCCUCACCCUCUUCAUUCCCCCGAUCGACCCGGACAGCGUGAUCUGGAGUGGCUUGCCCGAGUCCAAAGAGGAGGCUCUGGAGAAAUACGACGUCGACGACGUCCUCUACACAAAUGAAGUCAAUGCUGCGUUGGCAGCCUACGGCCCUUCCAAGGCUGCUACCGUCUACGCCAUCCCCGAGCAAGUCUCCGAGCACAUCACAUUCCUGCCCUUCAAGGCCGUCGAAUUCUCAUGCCUCAAGGAAGCCAUUGACGAAUGCCGCGUCGUCAAAGAUAGCUAUGAGGUUGCACUUAUACGCAAAGCAAACGAGAUAUCCACACUGGGACACAUUGAAGCCGCCAAGGCGGUGCUCACAGCAACAAAUGAGCAAGAACUCUACGGGGCGUUUGUUGGGACAUGCAUCUCAAACGGCGCACAUGAGCUGGCGUACCACUCCAUCUGUGCCAGUGGCACGAGCUGCUCCACCCUACAUUACGUCCGCAACGACCAACCCUUGCGGGACCGCUUGAACAUUCUGCUCGACGCGGGCGCGGAAUAUGAUUGCUACUGCGCGGAUAUCACACGCACAUUCCCCAUCUCUGGCAAAUUCACGCCGGAAUCCCAGACGAUAUACAACAUCGUGGAUGAGAUGCAAUCGUCGUGCUUUAAGAUGCUGCACGCAAAUGUGCGGUGGGAAGACGUGCACAUGAACGCCCAUCGAGUCGCGAUCAAAGGGCUCAAAGCUGCCGGGAUCCUCGUGGGCAGCGAGGAAGAGAUUUUUGACAAGCGCAUCAGCGUUGCCUUCAUGCCACACGGCCUCGGACACUAUUUGGGCAUGGAUACGCACGAUACGGGCGGACAUGCCAACUACGAUGACCCAGACCAGAUGUUCAAGUACCUCCGUGUGCGGGGUGAGGUGCCCGCUGGCGCUGUCAUCACGGUCGAACCAGGCAUCUACUUUUGCAAUUUCAUCCUCGACCCCGUGCUGGAGGACCCGGACUUGAGUCAAUACAUUGACAAGAACGUCCUGGAGAAAUACUGGACUGUCGGAGGCGUGCGGAUCGAGGAUGAUGUGCAUAUCCUGGAAGACGGCUACGAGAAUCUGACGAAGACGCCAAAAUUAUAA